CUGACAUCGACACGUCGAGUCUGAAGAUCAGUGACAGAGAGAAGAAACAAGGAAGUUUAGUUAGCAAACAGCAGGCAAAGUACAAGCUAGCUGUUGACUACAUCAGUGGGUCUGUUAAACCUGCGACACAAUCUGUCACCCUAACGUUACAGCAACAUGCUCGAAAUAAAGACACCGAGGAUUAAAGCCAUUCACACCAGUGCUAGUGACGGACUGGAGGGGUUCAAGGCGCAUGCUGUGUUCCAGGAAAUCAACAAGAAGCUCCAGGAGGAAGGGGAGCAGUUUGUGAAGAAGAUCGGGGGAGUGUUUGCCUUCAAAGUAAAGGACGGCCCAAAUGGACAGGAGGCCGUUUGGUAUGUGGACGUGAAGAACGGCAAAGGCUGUGUUCACAAUGACGCAGCUAAGAAAGCAGAUUGUACCAUUUCCACGUCGGAUACAGACUUGUUGGCCUUGAUGACGGGGAAGAUGAACCCACAGACUGCGUUUUUCCAGGGCAAGCUGAAGGUCACAGGGAACAUGGGACUGGCCAUGAAGCUUCAGAGCCUGCAGCUGCAGCCGGGCAAAGCCAAGCUGUAGAUGAGACGUCGGGAGCGAGCCGUAACUACACCUCUGUAGAACUGAACAGAGUUAACCACGAAGAAUUUAACAGCAACUCUGGUUUCAGCUCGAUGUAGAAGGUCUGCGAGGCUUGUCGUCACAGGAAUGAACCACUUUCCCUACCCGCGACCUCGCUGACCGACCAGGGGAUUAGUCAGCAGCCCUGCCAAUGUAACUGGAGAACAUGUUAGAUGGACUAACAAUGAAUCCUCUAAUCACGUCCCUCUUAUUAUAUCAGUACACUCGAGUAGAGAAAGAUGCUCCCUACUUCUAGAUACUAAUUCAGUUUGUGUCCAGUUUUCAAAUCUUUCUUUGGGUGUAUUGUGUCUGGAAAUGUUUUGAGUAGAGCAGAUUGAUUGUCAUUUUCCACAAUCAUGGACACAACAGUCUAAGUGCCUCCUCGUCUCAGACUUUCAGUUUGCUCUAAGGUUUUUAAGCCAACAACAUAGAAAUGUUUUUCACUGUGUGGCUGCCCAGCGUUUCAACAGGGGGGGGGGGGGGGUUGUGAUUUCCUGCUGUACUAUCGUUGUAAGAAUCUCUAAAAGAUUUCUAAGAAAUAAAUUUGCCUGCAACUUCCA